UUUGAACUAACAAACCGUAGUCUGACUGUGAGUGUAAGAGUCAACAAAACAAAACAACAAAAUGGUUCAAAUCGCCGGAAAAUACUGUCUGCAAAAAAAUGAGAACUUGGUCCCCUACCUUGUUGCUUUGGGAGUUCCGGAGGAGAAGGCCAAAGUCGCCGACGGUUUGGCCAAUGUAGAAAUCGAAGUGAUCAUCGACGGUAACAACAUUAGCAUCAACAGCAACUCCGGAAUUGACAACGCUUCAUCCAAAUUCGUUGUCGGCCAAGAAGUCGACGAUCCAAUGCCACUUGGUGUCACCCUCAAGAGCACUGCCAAAUUGGAAUCUGAUGCUAUCAUCGUUGACUCUAAAGGACCUGACGGCAGCACCGGACAGAGAAUCUACAAAUUCACUGACGCUGGACUCACUAUUACUUACACCUCUUCCAAAGGCGCUGAAGCUAAGAGGACUUACAAGAGGCUGUAAUUUAAUUUUUUAAAAACAUAACGGAUUUUUAUAUUUUGUGCAUACAUAAAUCAAUAAAAAAUUUUGUAUAAAUCAA